AUGAACCUCUUCUUUAUUUAUCUUUUGUUUAUUAUUCAGUUUACUGUUAUAUCUUAUCUUUUGCUUCUGAUAUCACUUUUAAUGAAGGUGAAGAUGUUUUUUUAUUCAAGUGGCCUGGAAGAAGAAAUGGCAGGGCAACAUUAUUGCCUUCGAUGGAACAACUACCAAUCGAAUAUGACAUCUGUGUUUCAUCACCUUCUCAGGACCCAGGCUUUUGUUGAUGUGACACUUGCUUGUAAUGACCAAUCCCUGAAAGCCCACAAGGUGGUGCUAUCAGCUUGUUCUUCAUAUUUUCAAAAGCUUUUAUUAGAAAAUCCAUGCAAGCAUCCAACUAUAAUUAUGCCCCAAGACGUAUGUUUUACUGAUCUUAAAUUUAUUAUUGAAUUCGUCUACAAAGGGGAAAUAGAUGUUUCUCAAGCACAGCUGCAGUCUGUUUUGAAAACAGCCGAUCAGCUCAAAAUAAAAGGCUUGUGUGAAGUUCCUGAAGGGAAAGAAGGAGCCGAGGUCACACCUCUACCCCAUCGUAGGACAUUGUCUAUUAGACAGAGAAGAUUGGCGAGAAGAAGGCUUCAAUACCGACAGAGGUUAGCACGUCAAAAGGCCAGCAUUUUGCCAACUGAGGAUUCUGCUUUAAUUGCAAACCAAAUUCAGUAUAGUGCUACUCUUGCUCAAACUCCAAAUGGGACUCAUAGUGAUGUAGGAACUUCAACCGAUGACCAGGAAAAUAAAGAAGUUAUUGGUGAUACAACUAUAGUCAUGGCAUCAUCACUGCCUGAGCUGACACAGAAAGUUACACCACAGGUGGUGGUAACAGAAGAUGAAAAUGAGCCGAAUGAAUCAACAGCAUCUGUUGCUAUUGUUUCUGCUGUAGAUAUUCCACAAGGAACAACACAUAGGGACAUUGCAGUUGAUGCUAGUGAUCUUGCAGCUGGAGUGGAAGUUGAAGAGGAUGAUAAUGUGAAAGUUAAAUUUGAAACACUUAGGGCUAUUGAUCAGACAGAGCACAUGGAUAUGGAACAUAUGCCUGAUCGUGGAGUUCAAACAGUUGGAGAAGAGGGCAUGCAUACCAUGAUGAUAACACCUGAAUUGCUUGGCCUCAUCCCUUCCUCGCAGUCUGAAGGAAGUGAUGCAGGCAGUAUCACCAAAGGCUCUACGAACAACACUAUAGGCAGUGGUGGUAAAUCUUGGAGGCAAGAAGACAUGGAAGCUGCUCUUGAAGCCCUUAGGUCGGGGUCUAUGUCUUUAAGUAGGGCCUCAGCUAUAUAUAGUAUACCAUCAACUACUUUGUGGCAGAGGGCUCACAGGCAAGGAAUUGAAACUCCUAAAAAAGAUGGUCCUUUGAAAACAUGGACUGAAGAUAACCUGAAUGUAGCCCUUGAUGCUCUCAGAACUGGCUCAAUAUCAGCCAACAAAGCUAGCAAGGCUUAUGGAAUUCCGAGUAGUACUCUGUACAAAAUAGCACGUAGAGAAGGGAUUCGUUUAGCUGCGCCUUUCAAUGCUGCACCAACAUCAUGGGCACCUGAAGAUCUUGAACGUGCUUUAGAAUCUAUCAGAUCUGGGCAGUCAACGGUGCAGAGAGCAGCUGCCGAGUAUGGUAUUCCUUCUGGUACCUUAUAUGGUAGGUGUAAAAGAGAAGGUAUUGAGCUCUCAAGGGCUAACCCCACCCCCUGGUCCGAAGCUGCCAUGAACCAGGCAUUGGAUGCUGUUAGAAUUGGACAAAUGAGUAUAAACCAGGCAGCAAUUCACUUCAACCUACCUUAUUCCUCUUUAUAUGGAAGGUUCAAGCGAGGUAAGUAUGAUGGCACUGGAGGAAUUGAAGAGACAAAUGGUUCACUAGAGGCUACAGGUGCAGAAGGAUCUCCUGCUGGUCCUGAUCUUUUGCCUACAACCCCGAGUCAGCCACAGAUUAUGCUUGUUCAAUACCAGCAGCCAAUCCAUAUGUAUCAACCAACCUGA